UAUUCGGUUUUAUCAUGGUUAUUUACUGUAUUAUUAUAAAUCUCUUAUUUAACUUACUACAUAGAGUUUUAUUAAAUUGUACCAAGCUUUGUUGUUUAGUUUGGUGAUAUGACCUAAGGGGCAAUCAAUCAGAUUUAGUGUUGUUAUUAUUAGUUUAUAAUGCCUUAUUUCCUUUUUCACAUAGAAAAAAUGGCCAGCAGUCCUCCAGGAACAGAAAUCUGCCCUUUCUGCAGAAAACCAUUCAAACGGCUCAAGUCCCACUUGCCUCACUGCAAAAUGGCAGGGGGGCCAGACUCAAGGGAUGGGAAGGUCUGUACUUCUGUCAUACCUGAAUCACUGUCAACUGAGAAGAAAGGGAAGAUUGAAAGCAUGGAAACUGCCUCCAAAAAUAAAAAGAAGAAGAACAGCAAAAUUGACCAGACAAGGAACAAAACCACAAAAUCCUUAGACUUGAAAAUAGCUGGGACAGCAUCAAGCAGCAGUCCUGAUACACAAACACAGAUGAAGCCUCUUACUAAAGAGACGAACAAAACCAAAGGCAGUGGACAAAGCACCUCUGAAGAGUUCUGUGCAGAGCCAGCUGAGAAAGUGGUUUCAGAAAUGACACUUGCAAAGCACUCACCCACAAAAAAGAAAAGCAGAAGUGAAAUAGCAUUUGAGGGAAAUGAGUUUGUGCCUGGCCUUGCAUUAGAACCACCAACCCAGAAUAGAAAUCCCACAUCUGAUCCUCCUAGCCAAACAGCAAAACUUUUGGUCAAGCAUACACAUGGUGAGGAGGGCUUUGGAAAACAGAAUGAACCUGGUUCUCCUGACUCUUCCAUUGAAAAUCUUCAACACUUUUAUCAGGGAAUUACUGACAGGAUAGAGCUGGUGAUUGAAAACCACCAAGUGAGAGUGUUGAGGAAUAGACCUACUGUUCAAAAUAGCCCACUGAGUGGCAAUGCUGCCACCAAGCACAAGACAAGUCAGUGGCCUGUGAAACCAUCCCUUGAAGGUGAAAAGACUAACUCAGCUAAUGGGCAGCAGGUUGUUACAGUUACACAGAGUGGGACACAAAGGAGUGCUUUAGGGCUUGAGCUUGCCGAAGAUGUUGGGCAUGGACAGAUGGGAGAGGGCAUCACUGCAGUUGAAGCGCACAUAGUGCCCAAUAUGUUGCCUGGGGACAACAGCAGAAAGAUCUCUGGCAAUCCUCUUCAGCUGGCAACAGGAGUAAAAAUGGCAAUAGACAAAGAUCCUUUAUUUUUGAAAAGAAAAAGCUAUCCUGUAGGGUCACAUGUUUAUACUGAUCCCAAGUCAGAGACCUGUGAUGCAUUUGCAGAAGCACUUGGAGAAAUAGAUGAUAAAACAUACUUGACAAGCCUGGAAAAAGGCUCUGCUUUACCUUCAGGGACUCCUGUUACCCCAGGAUACAAUACCUCAGAAAUACCUUUGAGACCACCAUCACUCCACUUGUCGGAAAGGACUGUUGCCUGUGGGAUUCCGCUCCUGGAUAGAUGUGUGGAGCCAAGAUCUUUAGGACUGGAGUUUUUCCCUGAACUGUAUCCUAACUAUCUCAGCCUGCGCUUGUUUUCCCAGAAACCUCAGUGGAAUGUAAGAAUCCCAGGACAUCAAGUUCUUAUUCUCCCUUCUGAAGGCAAACAUGUUCCUCUGGCAGAAAGGUGUUUGAUGGAUGUAAAGCUCCACGAUUUGCCUGCUUGGCUAGCCACGCGUGACCUGUCUCCGCAGGGGAUGCUCGGAGUAACAUGCAGAGCCUGGAAUAGAUACUACAACAAGUACAUUAAUGUGAAAAAGGGCGGAGUGGCUGGGAUCGCUAUGCUGCUGUUUGGCUACUGCAUCCUCAGUUACACAUGGACCUAUGAACACAAUAAACAAAGUCGUUGGCGGAAAUACCAUUGAUUGGAGUCCAAGAGCGUUUCCUGGAAGGAGAACAACAUGGAAACAGAGUGUGGACUUGUUCCAGUAGAAACACCACCACAAGGAAGAGUGCUGCAGGAGUCAUGCAUACACGAGUCUAUGCUCACUUGUUUACUCUCCUUGACAAAAGGUUGCCAGUCAUGGUAUAAAGUGGUUCUGAACCUGUGGGUCCCAAAAUGUUUUGGCCUUCAACUCCCAGAAAUCCUAACAGCUGGUAAACUGGCUGGGAUUUCUGGGAGUUAUAGGCCAAAACAUCUGGGGGCCCACAGGUUGAGAAUCACUGAAUGGACAUAUUAUUGAAAUGUCUAGGAACUUGAGGCCUGUUACCAAAAGCUAAUGGAUACAGCAUCAACUUGAUGAGAAGUAAAUUUAUUUCAAAACCAAACUCUCCCUUUAUAGUUUUAAGAAUUUUAAGUGCCUGCUCAAGUUGCUUAAAGGUAUUUGGUGUUAGUCUUGUGGGAAUACAGCAUGUAGAAUUAUGCACACAGUUCUUUUGCAGUGAUUGGCCCUUUCACACCCUUUUUUAUGAAGAUUGUAUACAAGAUAUAGUGACUACAGUUCAGAUAUGCCCAGGCCUUCUCUGCCUGUAACUCUCAAUAUUUCCAUGACAAAUGAACUAGGCAAAGACUAAUUUGUAAAAAAAAAAAAAAAAGGAUAUGAGACUGAGCAUAUACAACACAUUUCAAUGGUGGUUGUUAUAUUUAUUUAUUUAUUUCUCCCAGAACUGAGGCUCAAAUUGGCUUGCAGUUUUUUUAACAAAAACAUACAAACAGGAAUAGAAUCAUAGAGUUGGAAGAGACCUCAUGGGCCAUCCAGUUCAACUCCCUGCCAAGACUCAUGAAAAUCACAUUCAAAGCACCCCCAAGGAACCAUCAUGUUUUCCUAUCAGUGGAGGCAACAUGUAUCUUUCUUCAGUUUUGUUACUCAACCCAGUUUUUCAGAGCUUCCAAAGCAAUUCACAAAACUUUAAGUCUGACUCUUUAAGUUCUGGCAGCCUUGUAAAUCUCAGAGCAGAAGGCAAUCCUGGUGAUUUCAGGCUGACUUCUUCGCAAGGAAGAAAAAGGCAGAGCAGAACUUUAGUUAGAUUGUACAUGAACUCUAACAUAUUCCUUUAAAAAAGAGUGGGAGGCCAGAACUCUCUAAAACAGUGGCCAUCAGUCAAGUCUUUCAAGUGUUUAAAGGUCAGACAAUAUAGUAGUUUCCUACUAAUGGAACAUAGCUCUGAAUACCUAUUCUUAUCCUGCCAUGGGUUGUUCUGACUUGUACCAAAGAGUUAGUAGCAAUGGGAACAUUUCUAGUAGAAACUCACAGUGGAACCCUUGGUAUCUUCAAGGGUUUGAGUUAAAAACUUGUGGAUAUCAAAAUCGGUGGAUGAUGAAAUUCAUUAUGUAAAAUUGUAAAAUCAAGUUUUUCUUUUGGACUUUUUUUUUAGUGGAGUGGAAUAUUUUUAACUGGAGAUUGUAAUGUGUUUCUGUCAUGCAUUACAGUGACUUCAGCAUCUUUUUUAGUAGAAUGUCAGUGACUAAAUGUAAAAAGUAGUUAGGUCUUACCUGAUGCAAAGGAUAACUCCACCCAACUGCAUCAAGAAGCAACAGGAGUGACAUCUGAACAGUUGAGCUAUAUUUGUCACUUCACUCAAAGGUAGAAAUCUAGUUUUAGUAGUGUAAGAAAGGCCAUGUGGCAUAUACAAACAGUUUCUGAGUUACAAACAUCCAACUUACAAACACUCAUAGUUAAGAACGUGGGUGAGACAGCAGGAAAUGAGUGAAAUCUGCCCCUCGGAAGGGAAAUUCACUUCUGAAAGAAUUUUUAUGGGGAAAAGGUGUCUCCACUGAAGCUUUUAUCACCCAGCCAUAGUCAGGAUCAAUGUGAGUACUGUGCCUUCUCAUCCACCCCCCCCCCCCCAAAAAAAAAGGAAUGGUCUCUUUUUGUGAGUCAAGUGGCUGAAGAUAAGAGCAUAGUCUGGCUUACUAUAAAAAGGGCACUGAUCUCUGCUCUCUCCACUGUGGUGCUGCUUCUGACGUUUUUGAAUCCUGGGGCAAGAAAAUGGUAUCAGUGGCCAGUGGUAGCAGGUUCCCUGGGUCAACACUGGCACAUUUCCCACUGCAGAAUGACCCUCGAACUAUUUAGGGGUCAUAUCACAACCCAUAAUUUUGGCCCCAAAACCUGCUGUCAACUUGUAUGUGAGGUCCACUUAUAUACGAGUGUGUACAAUAAUUCAAUUUCUUGCAAUGUAGUUAUAAAUAUUUGGAAGUUAAUAGAUGAAGAUCUUAAUGUUAAAUCCAACCUAUGGAUGUCUUCGUGACCCUGGAUGCUGCAUUACCCUUUCCACCCCUCAUUCUUCUCUGAGGGGUGAAUUUGCAAGCCUUUCGGAACAUUGAUUCUUCCUUUUAAAAAGUUGUCCCUGAAAUCCUCAACCUCAGAAAGGACCAAAAUUAAAAAGAGAACAUCCAAACACUUGCGUUUUUAGCAAUUUGUGUGGCAGCUAGAAAGUUUGUGUGCAGGGUUGGUCACCUGUUAUGGAAAUAUAUCCUAGCCUUAAAGAUCACGAAGAAAACAACCUUCGCAUGCUUUUCUCUUACUUCUACUACUUGUAUGUUAGUCUGUUAAUCAUUAUUACUUGAAAUUCUACCCUUCAUAUCUGUACAUCAACAAACUCCCUUCUCUAAAUAUAUUACCCAAGUAGUUUCAUUUGUAUGCACCAGAAGGGGACUCAUAUGACCACAUGGAACUUGGUAAGUUGCUUAUUUUGGACCACAACUUGUUUCUUUCCUUGCCAUUGGCUGUGUUUCAUGUAGCGAACGAGACCUGUUGGUCUAAUCAUGUAGAAGGGCAAAAGUACCAAACCUUUGCUUUAUGUUGACUUUUGGGAGCAUUAUACAUUUUUUUAGUUAACGUGGUUUAUGGUUAGCUGGUUAGGAUUGUUUAGAAUUGGUUUUUAGAGAGUUUGGUGGAUCUUAGUCUAUAGUGCCCCCAGUAAGAGCAGUAGGGAUUGUCUUCUAGAAGGAGCUGUCCUAUCCCCAUACUUUUGGGCUUUCUCUCUUGCCUUUAUGUAGAUGCGGCCUCCCUGAAAGAAGAAUGGCUUGGCUCUGUCUAUGCCAACUGAAGCUAUCGAAUCAUUUAUGGAAUUUUGAAUUAAAAAACACUAAACUAGGAUUGCUAGGCCAGGGCUAUCAGAGACCCUGAGGUUUCAUGGCCCUUGUAAUGUCAUAGAAAGUGGGCUCUGGAGAUGCUAAAAGGGGUAACUACUGUUGAUGACAUUGUACACGAUACGUUAACUGUCAACCACAAUUGCAAAGCAUAUUCAGUUUAAAUAAAACAAGAAAAUGUCGAGCUGUUUCAAGACAAAACUCUUGCCUGAGGAAGAGAGUCCAGGAUGUGAAAUCCUGAACCAAAACAUGUCAGGUAAUUCUUACCUCUGUCAAGAUGUGCAGCAAUAUAUGCAUUUCCACAGUUGUCUGGGCUGUGCAAAUAAGGCAGGCAGCUGACACAUUUAUUUAUUUAUUUAUUAUAUUUAUUUGUUUAUUUAAUAUCCUGCCCUUCUUGCCCCAAAGGGGAUUCACUUCCACUGCAAAGUCUGAACAUUGACUGGACUUUAGGCCUUGUCAGUAGUUACUACCAGUGCACUGUAGGUGGCGGUCAAGGGCCAAUAGAAAAGAUGGGAAGGUGGGUAUGAUUGUCAUAUAAAAGAACCGAUUAAAAUGCUUGGCUAAAGAGAAA